AAGUGUAACAAAAAUUCUUUUAAAUAAAAUGGUACUACUAUGAUAUUAUGUCUGGUCACUGCUGUGACAAUGUCUUUUGAAACGUAAAUAAGCUUUGUCAGAAACCUCUGACACCUCUUUACUGCUUUUUUCCUUCUCUCUCUCUCUCUCUCUCUACUCACUUCUCUGCUGUUUCUCACUUCUGAGCUAAGCUCAACCUUUUCAGCUCAGACCUCCUUUUUCUUGAUCAAAUAUUUCUAGGAAAAUAAAAAGCUCAUUUUACUGUUCACAAUGGAAGCUAAACCUCUUCAAAUUGUUCCCUCUUCACACAACACCACAACUGGAGGUGGACCCCAGAAGAAGAUUGAUGAAGGUGAAAAUGUUGUUGUAGUUAAGGAAGAGAAAGAAGAAAGCCCUUUGAUCACACAAGUUCAAAGGCGUGAACUUGACCAUCAAGUUUUCAUCUUUAAUCACUUUGCUUAUAACCUUCCUCUUCCUUAUUACCUUUUGCAAUUUCCAAGUAAUAUGUCAGAGUUCGGCCGUCUAGGUUCUCAUCAUGUGACUAUGGUGGAUACAGAACCACAUAGGUGUAAAAGAACCGAUGGAAAGAAAUGGAGGUGUGGUAAGAACACAGUACCUAAUCAGAAGUACUGCGAACGCCACAUGCAUAGGGGUCGAAAUCGUUCAAGAAAGCUUGUGGAAACAUCUCAAAUUAACUCUCCAAAUUUGAGAACAAAGCCUAGUAUUGGUGACAAGUCACAUGCAAAACUAGUCCCUAACAUUGAAUCUGCUGUUUCAAAUCCAAACCCUUUUGUCAUUCAACACAGUGACACAUUCUCAUACACCCCAUCGAGGAGCUUCUGUAUUGUAAAUACAACUUCUGCUUGUGAUCGUUCGAGAAAAGUCAUAGGUUCUGAUGUCUCUGUGGUGACUGCUCCUUGCUCCGUUCUUGCCUCUGCAGUUGCACCUAAGAUAACCACUUUCAGCAGCAUGAUGGCAUCACAUACUUCAGAUGACCGAAGUCGUCUUAAUGCAUGCAAGCAAGAUGAGCAGAUUAAGAUGUCUAUCAACGACAACAUGAGUAUUAAAAGUGGUACGAAAGGAAGCAAUUCAUGUGAAAUUAAUAGCAUCUCUACUGGAAUAGGCAUCUCCCCAAAGAGUGUUCUUCAAGUUUCUGGUUGCAAUUAUUCAUACCUCAAUGACAGAAACAGUAUACCAAUAGAAACUGAACCGGGCAGAUGCCGAAGAACAGAUGGUAAGAAUUGGCGAUGCAAGAGUGCGGUUCUUCCUGGUCAGAAAUAUUGUGCAACACAUAUGCAUAGAGGUGCGAAAAGGCGUUGUAUAAACCAUGAACCUCCUCCUCCUCCUGCUGCUGCCGCUGUUGUCGAUACUACUACAACUACUACUAUUGGUUCUUCUGUUACCAUUGCUUUGGUGCCUUAUCCUUCAGUCAAAACCUCAACAGACAUUCAGAAAGCGUAUUGUCAAAUCCCAAACACAAAGCUUUCAAUGUCGGUUCCAGACAGUGCACCUUUUGUCGAAUGCAACGAGAAAAAUGGUGGCAACAGUGACACGGAAACUAGUACCACCAUCACCGACACCAUCAAUGACUAUCUUUCUUUCUAAGUAGUUGUUUAAUUUCUUGAAACAUGUUUCUGUGUUUAUAUAUGAACAUGUUAACCUAUCAGAAAACUGAGAUCAGUUUUGUGUCUAGUGAACAAUGGUCUUUGUCUAUGUCUUCAUUAUGAAUAGAUUAAUUAAAUUUAAAUUUUCUA